AUGGGCGAGAAGGAGAACAUGGUGACGAUGCACGACGUGCUGGACGCCAUGUGGACGCUCGACAACUUCAAGGACGAGGCCUACCUGCGGCGCGUGGUGAUGCCGCUGGAGCGGCUGCUGACGAGCUUCAAGCGCGUGGUGGUGAAGGACAGCGCCAUCAACGCGAUCUGCUACGGCGCCAAGCUCAUGAUUCCGGGGCUGCUGCGCUACGAGAGCGGCAUUGAGGUCGACGACGAGGUGGUCCUGAUGACCACCAAGGGCGAGGCCGUGGCCGUGGCCAUCGCCCAGAUGAAUUCGGCCACCAUGGCCACCGUCGACCACGGCUGCGUAGCCAAGAUCAAGCGCGUCGUGAUGGACAGGGACACCUACCCGCGCCGCUGGGGGCUGGGGCCGUACGCGGCCCGCAAGAAGCAGCUGAUUGCGGAGGGGAAGCUGGACAAGCACGGGCGGCCGAACGAGAACACGCCCGCGGAGUACCUGCGGGCGCUGCCGGAUGAGAAGAAGGAUAAGAAGCGCAAGCACGAGGGCGAGGAGAACGGGGAGGCUGCCGAGGCGGACGGGGAGGCGUCGGCCAAGAAGGCCAAGAAGGAGAAGAAGGAAAAGAAGGAGAAGAAGGAGAAGAAGAAGGACAAGAAGGAGAAGAAGGGCGGCAGCGACAGCGACUGA